GCACAGUCUCUGACGGUCUGGAGGCAAGCAGACAAACACCAUAUACCCAGAAUUUGCUUUUUAAACAAGAUGGACAAACAUGGAGCAAGUUUCAUCCAUUCAGUUGAGAGUAUCAAGCAAAAGUUGAAAGUGAAGCCUUUACUUCUACAGUUGCCAAUUGGAGAAGCAAAAUCUUUUAGAGGAAUCAUUGAUGUGGUGACCAAGGACCAAGUUAUCUGGAAUGCUGUUACUGGAUUGGAUGAUGGAAAGACCUUUAAUCAGAAAUCCUUAGAAGAAGCUGGAGAUCUUAAUUUGUUAAGAAAUGCCAAUGAUGCAAGACAUGCCUUAAUAGAACAAGUUGCAGAUCUGGAUGAUGAAUUUGCUGAAUUGGUCCUUGGAGAAUUCAGUGAAAGUUUUGAUUCAUUACCAGCUGAUGAGCUACAGGCUGCAAUACGAAGAGUAACCCUGGCUCAUAAAGCAGUGCCUGUGUUUUGCGGAAGUGCAUUGAAAAAUAAGGGUGUUCAGCCCUUGUUAGAUGCGAUCACCAAGUAUUUGCCUGCACCUGAUGAACGCAGUUAUGAUUUCUUGCCGGCGUAUAAAGAUGAUCUAUGUGCUCUGGCAUUUAAAGUUCUUCAUGACAAACAGCGUGGACCCUUGGUUUUUCUGCGCAUUUACUCUGGCACAAUGAAGCCUCAAUCGGCAGUUUAUAAUAUUAACAAAAAUUGCACAGAGAGAAUGAGUCGCUUGCUCCUGCCUUUUGCUGACCAGCAAAUAGAAAUCUCUUCACUAACCGCUGGCAACAUUGCCCUGACUGUGGGGUUGAAACAGAGUGCCACUGGCGACACCAUUGUUACUUCAAAAGCGUCUGCAAUGGCUGCAGCUCGUCGAGCUGGAAGAAACGUGGAAUCAGCACGUGGUCAAGCUAAAGAAGUACAGAACCUCCUGUUAGCUGGCAUUGAGAUUCCAGAACCGGUCUUCUUUUGUACCAUAGAGCCACCUUCCAUGGCCAAACAACCAGAUCUAGAUCAAGCAUUGAUUUGUCUGCAGCGUGAAGAUCCAAGUCUGAAAGUUAAGAUUGAUGCCAAUACGGGGCAGACAAUUCUUUGUGGCAUGGGAGAACUACACAUUGACAUCAUUCAUGACCGAAUCAAACGCGAAUACAAACUGGAGACUUACCUUGGACCUCUUCAGGUUGCUUAUCGAGAAACAAUCCAAAAUUCAGUUGAAGCUGCAGAUACACUAGACAGGACAAUAGGAGAAAAACGACAUCGAGUGACGGUUGAAUUGGGAAUUAAGCCAUGGGAGGGAGAGAUGCCAGCAACAGCACCAGUCAUUGAGUAUGGUGAAAGUAUCAACGACUUACUUUACCCUGACCUUCGUGAAGCUAUAGAAAAUGGAAUUUCAACCUCAUACCUUCAAGGACCACUUAUGGGCUAUCCAGUUCAAGAUGUGGCAGUCACUGUCCGGGCAGUAGAUACAAAUGCUGAUACAUCACUAACUAUGGUUUCUGCAUGUGCAUCUCGUUGCCUGCAAAAG